AGUUUUAACUUAUUUUUAUUCACAAUGAAGUAUUUAAUCAAAUAUUUGCUGUCAAUUUGUAUCAGCAUUUGUCUCAUGUGUUACACUAUCAGUGCUUUAAACACUGAUGAGACAACUGAAUGGUUAAAAUUGUUGAAUUUGCCGAAACCAACGGACACACUGUCAACAUCGGGACAGACAUGUCAACUGACAGCACAGACAUUGGCUGAUCAAUUGACAAAAAAUUCUGGCAAUGGUUUAGUUUUGAUCACUAAAAGUUCGUCUACUGGAAAGUCAUGCGCCGACGAUUCAUCAUCAUUGGCCACACAGUCGGCACAACUAUUGGCCAGUCGUAACAUAACGGUAUGUGAGCUAACAAUUAGUGGUCAAAAAGCGACUGCUUUAGGGAUCGCUGAAGACUCGGUUUUGGUCUAUUUGAAUGGCAAACAACACGUAUAUUACGGCCGCCGGAGUCCAUCUGCACUGUUAUCCUAUGUACUGAAGCUGAGCACAUCCAACUUGCGACUAAUUACUGGAAAAAUGGACAAAAUAGCAUACGAUUUGGUGGCCGCACCCAAAAUUGUCGGCUUCUUUAUGCCGGCCACACCUGAUCUAAUGGCUUACGAGACAGUGGCUGCUAAAUACAGUCCAGAUAUACCAUUUUAUUUGGUCACCGAUAGAUUGGUGGCUAAAUAUCUAAAGCUGACAACAGUGGGUCAGAUAAAUCUGAUCCGACCAUUUGAGAAACAACCGGUUAUUUGCUCGAUAAAUCCGGCCACAGCUGUGGACAUCGAGAUGUUUAUCGAGAAAAACAAAGGCAUUGCACUCAAGUAUGUAACCGAACAUAACGUGUUUGACCCGAAUCUUCAAACACCCGAUAAGACGACAGUAAUUGCAAUCAGCGACCGGUCAUCGGCUGCGGGACAUUAUUUUYAUAAACUGUUUACCAAAACUAUUAGAAAUAUUACUAACGAAAACACCGUCAGUCAGACAUUGAACGACACUCCCCUACAAAAACAGCAAUCAGCUGAACCUAUAGUCGAGUUACCCGUUUCAUCAAUUGUAAAUCUAGACUCAAUAGAGAUUAUAUGGAUUGAACCACAAAUGUUUCCAUCAAUCAAUCUAAUUGUGGAUCAGCUCCAGAUACUGUAUGGCUUACCUUCAGGUGAUACAUACUUGGGUGCUGUAAACAGACAGACAAAUCAAACUGUUUGGUUUGAUACAAAUCAACUCAACAGUACUGGCGGAAAGUUGGCUGAAGAGGCUAAUCAACAUUUGCUUAAACAAUGGAUCACCGAUGUUGUGGCCAACUUAACGAUUGCCGUGGCUAGUGAUCAGAGCACUGGUAGUCAAACAAAUGAAGAGUCAACAGGUGUCCAGACAUUUGUUAAAGAACCUCAAAGUGUGGCCGUUUCCGAAGGACAGUCGUUUGUUAUUGAAUGCGAAGUCUCCGACAAAGUUGGUGACUGUCUUUGGCUUAAGGAUGGCCGUAAUAUUGGCCUUAAUGUGGCCCGAGUUUCAAUUGACUAUAGUUUACGUCAAUCAACUAUUGGUGACUGUAGUCUAGUUGUGGCUAAGGCUUUGCCUGACAGAGAUAAUGGCAAAUGGGUUUGUGAGGUAACUGGAGAUCAAACUAAUCCAACCCUAACUUCACCAGCAGCUACCGUUACCGUAGUCCCGGAGCCAAAAAAUGAAUUAUAAACAUAAACUAAAGUUUUUUCUAUGAAAUACCAAUAGCUAUUCAAAAUAGCAAUUUUUUAUUAAUUUUUAUUAACAUACUUUUUAAUUAUCUUU